AAAUGAGGGUUAUGCAGCACACCCCAUCAAUUGGAAGAAGAGGAAGAGGAAGAUGAAGAAUGGAAGAAACUAUAAAUGUUAUUUGUGACUUGUUAUAUACAUACUGUAUAUGACAAAUCCUGAUCCUGACACUGUUGAUCUGUGAGCAGUUAAACACACAUAUUCAGUUAUGUCAGUGUUUCUUCUCUCAGGGUCCAAAGACUAGUGAAAAUGUUUAAAAAAAACACAAAAAUGUUCAUUAUUUGGAGCAGCUAGGUGAAGACAGUGAGUCAAAACCACCUCCAGAUGCCGUCUUAUGUUGAGGCUGUCCGUUGCUCGUGGCAACAGAGCAAUAAAAAGGGAGAAAGAGGGAGAAAAAAAGAGAAACAACAGCACCGAGGCCCAGAGGACAAAAUUGAAGCUAAAUAACAUCAGCGAAGCGGGCGAUGAGAUCUAACACGUCGGCACCUCAUGUUUGACUCUGCUGGGCUUGACUGAUCAGAGCUGAUCAAAGCAAAGCUCCAGAUGAUGAUGACUGUGGAAAAAAGCAAAACAGUUGAGCAGAGGACACGACAGGCUGCCAGCAUCAGCAGCACGGAGGCAGAAUUGCCCAAUCAUCAGCUCAUAUUCCUGUGACUUCAGCAGCCAAUGAGCUGUCAGCAAGCUCCUCCCCAGCACAACCGCUCAGAUGCACAGAGAGCACAAGCCUGGCUCGGAUGUCUUAUUAAUGAAUGGAGCACUUCCCAGGCUGUCUCACGGCGCCACACCGCUACACUGUCUCCACAGCUGAGGUUCAGGAAGACGGAGGGAAAACAACCAUCAGCAGCAGCAGCAGCAGCAGCAGGAGGAGAAGUACAGUGACCAUGGAGGGACAACAGAGGGACUCGGACUUCAGUGAGGACACCAAUGAGAUCACGGCAGCAGCUAUUACAAACAUUGACCCUCAUCCGGAUCUGCAGCCACCUGAAUCACCUUCAUCCUCCUCCUCCUCCUCUCCUUCUCUUCCUCCAUUAUCCAUGCCCAGCUCUACGUCUGCCUCUGCUCUCCUGGCUCUGGCCUCUCCGGCCACAAGACGCUCCAUUUCCAUGGGCGACUUCAGGAGGGUGACAGGGGCUCUGCUCGCCAGGUCUGAGCCCCAAUCUACCUCAGCCACAGCCCCCACCUCCAAGCUGGUCACCCCCAGCUCCAGCAUGGAGUUUGAGGCAGCUCGACGGCGUCUACUAGAGGUGGAGGAGCGCCAGAAAGUCAUUAGAGAGAUGGAACGGCGCCUGGAGGAGCUCAGGGAGGUGUUUGUGCGUUCAGAACAGGAGGUGCUGGUUCAUGGGGAGCUGGUGUCUAGGAUAUCUACUGGAGCCCAACAGGGGGAGUUGUACGUGUCUGAGAACAGCCAACGCUUGAAGAAAGGCCUGAAGUUCAAAAAACAUCGUCCAACCAUUGUCUUCUCCUCCAUGCUCGGACUCCGCACAUGCCUCCCUUGGCCCGUGAAACUCAAAUAGCACACUAAGAGAAUGGGACGCCGUUUAUUGUUUAGCUGCCCCACAUUGACACCGCUGCUCUCCAGAUUCCACAGUUCUAUUUAAUCCUGGGGCUGGUCCUCAUCGUCUUCGAGUGCCUACAGUGACCACAGAUGGGAGGAGGGAGCUUCCUGUUUGGUGGAAAUCAAAGUAAAUUCUCCGGCUCCUGAACUUCGGAUGCCGACAUCAGUGGAAUGUGUACAGCAUGUCCUUAUUCUUUCGUUGUUUUCAUGUAGACAUGUUGCUUCUGCUGAGUAGAGUAGUGUUGGACUUAAAAUUGAAAAUAUGUCGAUAUUGAAGCCAUUGGCUACGGAUGAAUAUAAGAAACAAAACAACAGGAAGAAGUAGAGGACAAGAAAAAAAUGCAAAAAUGAAAUAGUAAUGUGUCAGUGUAUGUGUCAAAUUUGGAACCUGACCCACAAAUUAGUUAAAGUUAGUUGAAUUAGUUUUAUGAGGGCUGGAUAUUAACAUUCAGGUUAGCUUUGUUUAAUUUUUCAAUUGUAAUCUGCAUUUAAAUAUACGUGUAAAUUCAGUUAUGACAGUAUUGUAACUGCAUCAAGCUACGGUUGUGUACAAGCACUGAAAGGUAAUUGAUUUGUUCACUAUUGUACGUGCAAAUCUGCUCCAACAGAUGGCGAUAUACCUCUUUUUGACAGGUAGCUUUGGGCAGAAAACAGUACAUGCUACUUGUCAACAGGUUAGCUUGAAACAAAUCUGUGCAUACUUUGCAGGUGCAGUUCAUUCUAAUUGUUUCUAAAGUGGGAUCCAUGCUGUUUAUUCUGUUGAGUUAUGUUGAGAUUUCAGAGCAGACAGGCAGAAUGUUUGAUAUUUUGCUUGUCCAAAUGGUUAGCAAUGGUGCUAAUGCUACUUCUGGUUUACCACUGCAUUCCAUUAACCUCGUAAGUUGUCAAGGCGUCACAAAAAUUUAGGUUGUCUUUAAAAAAAACAGCGAGAAAAAACAAACAAACAAGUUUGAUGUUGUUAAUUUGCCAUUAUUAAAAAACAAAUGAAAACCAAGUUUGUGCUUCAAAGGCAGCAAAAUAGUACAGCACAUGACACAUGCAGGGGACACAGUUAUUUAUGUUUAGCAUCUACUCAGUACAGAUAUCGUAUCUCACAUUUACUCUGAACUUUAGUCUGUUUUUUGUCAGACUAACUCUACAGUUUCUCUAAUGUGAAUGCACUAAUGUGGAUCUCACUGUUAGGUCGAGCCUCCUGCGAAUGUCGUACUACCUACGCCUCUCGGCUAAACUACAGGUUGUGUCUAUACAAAAAUUAGCACAAGUCGCUGCAAAGGACAAAAUGUAGAACAUAUGUUUGCUACGCAGCCUAAUGUGUCAGUGAUCCAGGAAAAAUGGCUUGGAUUUUGAUUUUGACUUUUUUUUUCUCCCACGGUUAAAUCAUUUCAAAAGGACUCAUUUAUCAAAGUCAGUGGACAGUCUUCGUCUAGCAGUCUAUCUCUAUUGUCUUCUGUUUUUCUCAACGUGCAACAAAGAAAGGAGAGCAGUUCACUCUGGGACAACUCCACCUGUGACCUCCUUUCAUCCUGUUACCUAGCAACCAACAAUUAAUCUGUCCAAAAAUGGCAGCACAACCAUAUGAAAUACGUCCAGCCAAGCUGUGGAACUUGACAGUUGUAGAAAGCUGAGGUUGGAGACUGGAUUUAAAUGGAGACUUUGUGGCUGUUGCCUCAACAGGAGUGUGUGUGUGAAAAAUAAUGGUUAAAGGAUGGGUUCAGGUCUAGAAUUUAAAAAUAUAGACACUGUCUAACACAUUGUUCUAUUUGUUUAAAGCAGGGUUUUCAGACCCCUGGCCUGGGGGCCACUUCCUACCCGCAAACUAUGGCCCUUGCGAAAAAUUUUCAAUGUAUUUCUUUUGGGUGAUUUACAAACUGCAAAAAAAGGAAUUACACCUGUUUGUGUUGUUGUCUAAUCUGGUAUUUAUAGUAUUUAACACAAACAACUUUUUCAUUUUGUUUUUGAACAUCAAGCACUGAUGGUGUGACAAUGGCAGCAGUGGCCUCGUUUCAAUCACAAAAUCUCCAGACACAGAAAUGUUACACAGACCAUGUCUUAAUUUCCACUAAUUCUUGUCAUAAUUGUAAUUUUCUUUUUAAUUCCUUCCUGAUUUUCCUCAUCUCCUCAGAUCAGGAAUGAGUAUCACAGUAGAAUCUGUAGUAUCCAUCUAUCCUAUUGAUCCCUGGUGUGUGUGUGUAUAGAGCGAGAAACAGAGGCGCAGCGAGGGAACAAUCUAUUUUUGGGUUUCAAAGGUUAUUGCAGACAGACAGGCGUUCCGUCUUGGUGCAGCGUUCCCUUGGAAGAAAAAAACGCAGGAUGGAAAUGUGAGACCGUAUUGGCUUCUUCUCUGAGGCGCAGGGAGUUUUCCUUAUGUGCAUAAAACCCUAAUUGUAUUUGUGAGUUCUUCCCUGAACAAAGAGAAGAGGCUGUUUACAAGACAGAUUUAUGUUCUGAACGUGUUAGUGCUCACUGAAGGCUCCCCCGCACUUGGAUUUUCUAAUGUUAAUUGCUCCCCAGCUGCAAAGACGGGCGUAAUGGGAAUACAGUGCAGUGUGUGACUGCAGCAGCCGAGAUGAGGAGAAUAACGAUGUUCUCAAAUCAGGCCACAGUCGAGAUGAGAUUACAUUUAUGAUGCAAGUCAAUGAAGGUUUUUUAAAUUUAAAGAUCAAAAUUGAUAAAAACAGGUUGCGUUUCUUCAGUUGGUUUGGUUUUUUAAUCGUUCAUAAAGGUAUUUUAUGCAGUAGUAGGACUGAAGGCAGCAGAGAAUGAGGUUCUGGACAUUCUAUAGUUAAACAGCAGCAGCAGCUGUGGAUCAGUGCUACUCCAAUGAAGGAAAAUGCAUGAUGUGUGGUACUUUUUAAGCCACUGUUUGUCACUCUGGUACUUAGUCUUUUACCGAGAUAUUUUAAAGUGUUUGUGAGUUGAAAUUUAUUGAACUAGAGGUCAAAAACUUUACUGAAAGUUUCACUGACCAGUGCUGUGGUUAUUGUUUAUGGUAGGAUUUGUCAUUUUUACUUGUCUUCAACUGAUGCCUACUAAAUAUGGUGUAUACGGGACAAUCCAACUUUUCUUGGGACAGUAAAAGCAUCACAUGUAUUUGUCUGUACUGGUUCGUCAGUUUAUCUUAACCGAGUUAGCCCAUCAUCAAGCUUGGUCUUAAUGUAAAUUAUUAGUAAGUGAUAAACUAUUGGAGGUCAUUUUAUGGGCCGUAUGCCUAACCUUUUGGCUGCUAGUUUGAAUCCUAAAAUUCAGGACAAAAUGGAGAUUCAGUUAAAUUUAUAUGGUAGGAGAAUUUGAUGCUGGGAUUUGGACCAAGUUGUUUAACAUUGAUGGUGGUUGAGGCUCAGUAGGUGGCGCAGUUGUCUCUGGAUCAGUUCCAGACUUGGUGAUUUUUUGUCACCAUCACAGCACUAUGUAUGUAGUACUUUGAGUGCUCAUUAGGAGUAGAAGGCAGUACUAAAGUACAUUUGACGUGGAGGUUGUAGGUCGGAAAUUUCACAGUCGAUCAUGGGGAUAUAUCAACAUCAAAAUAGUUGAGUUUAAGGACCUGGAAAAACCGUGGGAAUCAAAAAGGACAAAGUGAUGAUUAGUGUUUGCUGCUGUAUUUCCUGUGUUUGAAUUUACAGAAUAUUCAGGGUGUUUGUCUUUUAAAUGUUUGAAAUGCUUCUAGACUGGCUGCUCUGACUGCACAGUAUUUAUUUGCUGAAUUCAUCCCUUUAAUCACAGCCAAUGUUAGAGAACAAGAGAGUCAUUAUUGCCAUAUUGAAUUCACAGUUCGAUGCUGACGUCCACUGUUCUCUCUGCACUCACCGAACAACGUUACGUCAUUGACAACAAAGUGCUGACAUGGCCUUAAUCAUGUACAGAGGGAAUGUGAAUAUAGAGCUGGAGUAAAUGUUGCUUUUUAAUAUGCCUUAUGUAAUGUUUGUCCAUCUGCAGCAGUGAUAGUGAUUAUUCCAGUGACGAGGGUCAAAACCAUAGCCUUCAUCUACAAACGUCAUUAUCCACUCCGUACGAUAUAGAACACUUUUUAAAAAAAUGUUAAUUUUUUAAGUUUUCUAUAAGUGACAAAUGAAAAAUUAUUUUUUCCCCCAAAGAUUUAUGGGCUCACUUGCAGAAUGAAUGUAAUGUUUCUCAACUUUUUGUGGAUUUUUUUUUUCUGUAGAAUAAUUCUAAAAUAUAAUCACAUUUGAACCUGUGGUUUGGCCAUGAUCCCAUGGAUGUUUGUAAAAACAUAUGUACAAAACUAUAAGCUGGAACAUCAAAUUUUAGAUACAAAUUUUCUCAGAAUUAUGAAUUUGAUGCUUGUU